UUUUCUCUCAGUGGCUGAGGCGUGGCUCCAGACUAACCUGUUCCAUAUCCUCCUUCAGCAGCUGACUCACAUGCAGAUACCUGAAGUCUUGAAGCAUACUCAGGCUACAUUAGGAGGAGGUGACCGUGGUCUUGUUUCAUCCGUAAAACCAUGGCUGUGAUUUUGUACGUGUGUCUUUUUGUCGCCUCGUGUCUUACCCCUGUUAUUAUUGGUGGCGAACAUUUAGUCGGUGGUUAUGCCAAUGCUGAACCCAAUAGACCGGAUGUUAAAGAAGCCUCUGACUUUGCUGUUAAGGCGUACAAUAAAGUAUCAAAUGAUGCAUAUCUCUACAAACCCCUAAGCAUUGUGUCAGCCCAAACUCAGGUUGUUGCUGGAACGAAUUACAAAUUGACUAUGGAAAUUGGGAAAACACAAUGCCGAAAAAAUAAUGUUGGUGAUGGUGCCAACGGCGGUGUCUGUGAUGUUGCCAAUUCAGAAGUGUCACAGAUGCGUACUUGUACGUUUGUAGUCUUUAUAUCUCUACCACAACCUACACCAGAGUUCGAACUUUCUAAAUACGAGUGCAAGUCUGAAUCUGAGGACACUGGCUCUGAAGAAUAAUGAAAUCUCACGCUCUAUGUGUUCAUGCUACUGAGGUUAUGCUGAGUGAACUAGAAUUCUGUUCUAUUCUCAUUGAACAUUUUUUUGGUAUAUAUUUUGUGUAGUGUGACCUGUAUAUAAACA